ACUGCGCACGACUUUUGGCUCGACUAUUACUAUUUCAUUGACAGCGACUCUUAGUCUGUGGUAAAGGCAUGGUGCAAUUGGUGCACGGUGCAGAUUGUGGAAAGCAUGCCAAAAGUCCGAAACCCUGAAAGCUUGUUAUAAACAAGAAAAUGUUAUCUCCGGAUCCGGUAAGACGUGAGCUGAUAGAAAGCGAUUGUAAAACGGAAUAUGUACCUUUUGGGACCACACGAGUUCGAAACGUUCUCAAGGAUUUCUGUUUUGAAGGGAAUAUUAGCGACGUGGAUGAUAAAGUGAUUAAGGUUCUUCUAUUGGGUUGUGAUGAUCUAAGAAAUACCUUUCAAGCAACAACUUCCAAGAAUCCUCAAAAUUUAGAGAUUCAUCUCAAUGAUUUAAGUCCUUCUGUCUUGGCUCGAAAUAUCAUAAUUUUGAAAAUUGUGUCAGCAAGUGAUUUCAAUCCUGACAAUGAUGAAGAUUUUGGUUUUCUGUGGGAUGUGUGGUACAAUAUGGAUUGGUCAGAAGAAACCAGGAAGAGGUUUCUUUCUGUUGUGAAGGAGUUGACGAAUGAGAAAUUACCAGAUAACGUCUCAAUUCCAAACAAAAGUCACCUUGAAGAAUUGAAGAGUCUGUGGAGUAACUGGCAUUCUGUUUCCUCUAAAAACAAAACCGACUCUCAAUCACUUUUGAGAAAAGUCUGGGGACAAAGGAAUCAAUGCUUGUUGGACUUGAUGGUUUUCAUGUAUCCAGGACAUUUACAAGAGAAAGCACGACUAAGCAAUGCUGAUCUCUUCACUGCCUCAUUAAAAGAACUGGUUAAGCAGUUUCAAAGUCGUGAAGGGUUCAUAGGAUUGGCACCUUGUGUUCGUAAAAAGAUCUACGAUGAAUUGCUCAAAUGCUACAGAAACGGCAUCACUCGCCGUCAAAAUGACGAAAAACCAGUGUGCGUCAAUCCAACUUUGCUGAAUCCCAAGACCCAUGAUUGGAAAAUCUUCUGCUUUUUUACUCCGUUUGAUGGUUAUAUGCCGAUGGAAAAAGGAGAGCUGAUUACUUCAGUUGAACAAAUCAUGACCCACUCCUGCUCCGAAAUACUCAAGAGAUUGGUGUCUUCCUAUCGCAGCCGGAUUCGAAUAGUCAAAAUCGUUUUUCACUUAGAAGAAGCCAUAAAACAUUGCUACUCAGACGCAAACAAGUUUGACGUCAUCGACUGCUCUAAUUUCGUGAGUCGUGUUGGGUUAGCCAAUUUAGUUGUUGCAUGCUGCCAAAAGUUGUCGGAUAACCCAAAUGCAGUUUUUUAUACCGAAAUAAUGACUGACAGUCAACAUUCGGCCAACACCAUCGUCGAGACAUCCCUUUGUGCUCCAUUGAGUAUGAUUCCGACUAUUUACGGGUUGAGAUUGGCUGAUCAUGUUGAAUUAAGGGAUUCUGCCGUAGAUUACUUGCGUUGCAAUGCCCUUCGAAGAAGAUACCCAGUGAUUCUCUGCUGGCAGAAAGUACCAAACUUUCAGAACAUCAAAUUGGUCCCUUCACCUGAUUUAAAUCGAUGCCUAACAAAGUUGGCCAAACUUUGCCAUCAAACAACAUUACCAAAUCCUGUAUCUAUGGUGAAGAAAUGUAGAGGAGGUGAAAUCUACUACACUCCUCUAACAUUCAACUACAUUUUGGAUUCAAUGAUUAAGCGACUGGGACAUGAUUGUUGGUUACCAGACCUACUUGACAUCGCUCCCCAAUUCAGACUGGCAAGAAAAACAUUGGAGGAUUGGAAGAACGGGAAGGAAAUGAAGAAAUUUUCAGCUGAUGUGCACAAAGUUAAGUCUGCUGCCAACAAAGAACGUACCCCCAAAGUUCGGCUACUUAUUGUCCGUCGUGACUUACCCGAUCAACAUCGUGUACCCGAUACUCAGUUUAUCGACAAUUUUGAACUUGAUUUCCAUCAUACUUCAAAAGGAGAAGCAGUGGGGAUGGUGUCGUUUUUACUGCCUAGCGAUCAUGGUUUUGAUGAAACGUACGAUGCGAUUGUUGUCAAUGCUUUCAAUGGAAUGCCACUACUUGUCUUAGACCCUUUUGAAUCAAUGCGGGUAGAGGAAUAUCUUGUACCUUACCCGAUUGGUCAAAGCAAGUCUCAACUUCCGCUGGAUCCUAAAGGUAAAAUGUACAUGAAGGUCGAAAGUUGUAUCGAGUCAGAAGAACAGUACACCCUAAGGAUUGCAAUUGAAUGUGAUGGAAACGUUUCAGGAUUGAAGAUAUCCACUAACGAGCAGGCCCCCUGCGAAUCCUGCCAUGACGUCACCGUUUCAUUGACUCAACCCAGCAAAAUCCAACCCUUGUCAUUAACAUUUCCAUUUCCGAUCCUUGCGAAAAAUGUUCAAGCGACGCUCCAUCCCAAAAGUCGACAUGUCGAUUUGUUGUUGAAGAAAUCCCUGCUGGAGCCCUGGCCGUGCGAGUUUCACUCCAAAAAGUCAAAGUGGAUAAUUGGCGAUUUAGUUCCCUGGAAAAACAAGCCAGUCAACUCUGAAGAUGGAUUCAAGAAUCUGGAAGACCAUCUGAGCAGUCAAUUUGUAUCGAAGGAAAUGAGUUAUGCCCAUUUUCGUGAUUCUAAGAGAUCUGCUUUGGAUAACUUACGUCUCAAGCUUGGAGUAUUGAUGACCAGUGAUAUUGAGUUUGUCAGUUACGGUCGAAAUGACGAUCGGUACCUACUGAAACUCCAUCGGCCCCUUCUUACUUCCCCAACGGGAACCCCAAUUUUGCUGAUUACUGCUCUCAAUGGUAUCUUUUCGCGAAAACUUGGACAGAAUGUUUUUACGAUUAACCAAACUGUGCCAAAAGAAAAAGAAACGGAGCAGCGUAAGAUUGUUGAGAAAGUUUUUCCACUUGGGACACCCAAGGACAUUAAGAGGAUAAUGGAUGCCGAGACCGAAGAAGAGUUUCAAUUGUUUCGUUUUCUCCUGCGUUUGAACUCCACUAGAAUCGUGCCCAACAAAUGGCAGAAGAAGAAUAUUCCUCUAGGAGGUAGCAGUCAUUGGCUUGCUACUUUCCUUUCGCCUCUCUACCAGGAUUCCGAAUCGACGGAAAGCAACAAGGAUGAACCAGCUGACGAGAAGUGCUGUGCCGCUUGUAAGAAAAUCCCUGAGAAGUUGAAGUUUUGCAGUCGUUGCCGUUCCACUGUUUACUGCAGUGUCGAGUGUCAGCAUUCUCAUUGGCCAAUGCACAAACUCAUUUGCAAGAAAUUGUAAUUUGGUCGAAACUUAUCGCAACUUAAUCCGAUGGCUUUAGUUCACGGAAAACUCUUUAGAAGUCUUGAUGCAUAGUUGAAACGUUUUUGUAUUGAAUAACCAAGAUUACACUUUUUAUUACAUCUA